AUGCCGUCGGAGAGAUCAACCCACCUUCACACGGAACUACACGACCGCGUUUUAAUCGAAUACUAUGACACGCAGAACGCACCAAGUGUUCUUAGCCUUCGAGCGCUCGUCUCUGGCCUCGCUCUUAGUCAUGAUCGUUGCGCGAAUGAGACAGGACGAAAGAAAUGUCGCGGCGCGGCGGCGGUUGCGCGCACGCCGUUCAUUGAUGGGCAGGCGCCGUGGAGGGAUGAGGAGUGGGGGCGAGGAAUGCGGCCGCGGCGAGCAAUGACCGCGCCAGGGUCGCUUCCUUUACGAGAAGCGCGGGCCGUCGUACUACAGCCGAUUCCCCUGCGCCCGCUCCCCCAUGGUACAGCGUACUACAUGUACAUGGCUCUAGCGGCGGCGACGCGCGCGUUUCGAUCCGCAGUCCGUUAG